UGAUGUAGGACUUUUCAUUCCAUCCAAUAUAAAACACACACACACACACACAUUGAGACAACCAAAAGGCUAUAGAUAGGCAUAGAUAUCAUCACUUUUUUGGCUUUGUGACUUCUUGCAGUGAACAUGUAAUUCAGCAAAGAAUCUGAAACCCAAAAUCAAUCUUGGUUUCCUUUUCUUUCUUUCCAUUUUUUCUGAACCAAGAAACACACACACAGACACACACUGAGAGGCCAUGAAAGCCAUGUCUACAAGCUCGGCGUCAUCCCACCACCCCUUUAGUUCAUCAUCAUUGAUCACUACCACAGCUCCGACAUUCAUAAAGAUCAUAGCUUUUUCCUUCGUGUCUUUCACUCUUUUCUUGCUGUUGAAACGUUUUUCUCCUUACCCCACAACCACUACCCAAAGUCAUCACCUUUCUUUCUUUAACUCCACCGGAGCGACCAUCCCUUUUGCCCCACCACCACCUCCUCCGCCUUCUCCGCCGCCGCCUCCUCCUCUGUUGGAGAGAACGGGGAUAAUUAAUGAGAUGGGAAUCAUGACUUAUGAUUUUAUGGUGGGAGAGUUUGAUGAAGGGCUUAUAAAGAGUAUGGUGGUGAAUGCCAAUAGUAGUGAUGACAGGGAAAAGAGAGAGAGUGAUGGGAGAAUAGUGGUGAAAGUUGAGAAAUUUAGAGUCUGUGAAGGGAGCCUGAGCGAGUACAUUCCCUGUUUAGACAAUGUGGAGGCUAUUUCGAGGUUUAAUUCAUCAGGAAAGGGCGAAAAGUAUGAGAGGCAUUGCCCUGAGAAUGGCAAAGGAUUGGAUUGUUUGGUGCCGAGGCCUAAAGGGUACAAGCUCCACAUUCCAUGGCCGAAAAGCCGGGAUGAGGUGUGGUUUGAUAAUGUGCCUCUGGUUGGAGAUAAAGGAGGGCGGAAUUGGAUAUCGAGAAAGGAUGAUAAGCUUAUAUUUCCAGGAGGUGGAACUCAAUUUAACCAAGAUACUGAUAGAUACUUGGAUCAGAUAUCCCAGAUGGUUCCAGAAAUUGCAUUUGGACAACGCACACGGGUUGCUUUAGAUAUUGAUUCUGGAGUUGCAACUUUUGGUGCCUACCUGACUGAGCGGAAUGUGACCACUCUCUCAAUAGGUCCGAAAGAUGUUCAUGAGAACCAUAUUCAGCUUGCUCUUGAAAGAGGUGUACCUGCCAUGGUAACUGCAUUAGGAAGCCACCGGUUGCCUUACCCAAGCCAAGCAUUCGACUUAAUUCAUUGUUCAAGGUGUAGAAUUAAUUGGACUCAAGAUGAUGGGAUUUUGCUUGUUGAGGCUAAUAGGAUUCUUAGAGCUGGAGGAUACUUUGUAUGGGUAGAAGAACUCAUUUAUAAACAUGGAGAUGAACCAGCAGAACAAUGGAAAGAAAUGGAGGUUCUUACUAGGAACCUUUGUUGGGAACUCAUAAACAAGGAAGGGGACAUCACUAUCUGGCAGAAGCCCCUAAACAAUAGCUGCUAUCUCAACCGUGCUCCUGAUGUACAUCCUCCUCUAUGUGACCAAGAUGACAAUCCAGAUAAUAUAUGGUAUGUAAAUCUGAAGGCAUGCAUCACAAGAUUACCCGAGAAUGGUUAUGGAGCUAAUACUACUAACUGGCCUGGCCGCCUGCACAGUCCGCCAGACAGGCUUUUCAGCAUACAAAUGGAUGCUGAUAAAUCGCGGAGGGACUUGUACAGAGCUGAUUACAAGUAUUGGAAUGAGAAUGUAAAUGGAUACAUCGUUGUUUUUCACGUGAACGAUGUGAACAUACGAAAUGUGAUGGACAUGAGAGCUGGGUAUGGAGGGUUCGCGACGGCUUUACUUGAUUUCAACGUGAAUUGCUGGGUUAUGAAUGUUGUUCCGGUUAGUGGUUCAAAUACACUGCCCGUAAUAUAUGAUCGUGGUCUUAUAGGAGUAAUGCACGACUGGUGUGAGCCAUUCGAUACUUAUCCUAGAACAUAUGAUUUGUUGCACGCAGCCGGCCUAUUUUUCAUUGAACAGAAGAGAUGUAAUAUCACCAACAUCGUGCUGGAGAUGGACCGAAUCCUAAGACCAGGUGGACGAGCUUACAUCCAUGAUACGACCGCUGUCAUUUAUGAACUCAAGGAGAUCGCAAACGCAGUGGGAUGGGUCACUUUCAUGUUUGACUCUGGAGAGGGUCCUCAUUCAAACUGGAAGCUUUUAGCUUGUGAGAAGCGAUUGUAAUAUAUUUGCAUUAUCCACGAUAGAAAGUGAGGAAAGACCCACAAAUUUUUUCAUAUGUAUACCGCAUACCUUAUCCAUGAGCAUAACUUGGCCAUGGACUCCUUGAUUGUUGUACUAAACAUGCAAACUUUUUAGUACUGAAACUACAAAAGUGUCAGUUCGACA